AUGUUAGAACCAGAAAAGAUGUACAUGUCGUACAACAAUAUCCAUAAGUUAUGUCAAACUGUUGCUCAACAAAUCCUUGCAAAGGGUGAAAGACCCGACGUCAUUAUUGCCAUCACUGGCGGAGGAAUGAUUCCGGCUAGAAUUAUUAGGUCUUUCCUAAAAUUUAAAGGUGAAAAAAAUAUUCCAAUUCAGGCUAUUGGAUUGUCGUUGUAUGAGGAUUUAGGUUUAGACGAUAAAGUUGAGACUAUUGGUAAGGAAGUAAUUAGAACCCAGUGGUUAGACUUUGGCGCAUUAGAUAAGCAUUUUGAUUCUUUAAUCGGCAAGAAAGUGCUAAUUGUUGAUGAGGUCGAUGACACGAGAACCACGCUUCAUUAUGCUGUAACUGAGUUGAAAAAGGAAGUUGAUGAGCAGCGAAUUAAGUUAAAUAGACUUAACGAAGAAACUAUUUUCUCUAUCUUUGUGUUACACAAUAAGGACAAGCCAAAGAAAGCUGAGCUACCAGCAUCUAUCAUGGGCACUGGGCGGUAUUUAGCUGCAGAAACCGUUCCUGACAAGUGGUUAUGCUAUCCAUGGGAGGCCACGGAUAUUGAUGAGCAUACUAGACUCUCAAUCGAGCAAGGUAACAACUGA